AUGGAGAACCGCUUUCCGAGUGAGCCCACGUUGCGGAAGCUGCGGAUUCGCGCGGCCCGUCCUUCCCAGCCAACAUGGAAGCCCGCCAAAGGCGAUUGUCUUUGCACGGAGCACUUCGAAGACGAGGACUACAAGACGAGCCCGAAGUUACUGCAAAGUCUGGGCUUGCCUGUACAACAGGCCUAUUUGAAGCCUGGCGUGGUGCCAUCGCUCUUCACGCGAAAACGCAAGCGAGAGCGGCACAGCGGCGCCGUGGAAAAACGGCGACGGAAAGAGAUAAUUGCUGAAUUGCUGGAGGCACCGGCACAAGCAAAGGCCACACUCAUCGCUGAAGAAGUCAGCACAUCGUCAACCCCUUCUGGUGACGACACUGAGCAAGGUCCUGACUCUGGAUAUGAACCAAUGCAUGAUGCAAAUGCUGGCAUCGAAGAACCUUGUUCGAGCUCAGCCCCCUCCAUCAGUAAUGCCAAACAGGCUCAACCUGACCUUCGGAACGCUGCUACGCAGACCUCGAGCAUCUACAGAAAUCGAGGCAUACAAGUCACCUUGAAGACCUCAUCACGAAAGUCCCAAACGAAUCCUGUCCUCGUGACACCACGAUGCUCCUCACCAAAUCAUGUCCCCCAGGCUCCAUUGGAUUGGAUGUUGCCUGAAGGGCUGACUCUGUCGCCGCAGCCGCCAGUGCGCAGACAACCAGCUCCACCACCGGACCCACCACAGCUGCCAACAAUAAACAAUGAGCUGCCCAGUGCAGGCCAGGAAGAGUCUGUUGAAGAGUGUCCCACGGAGCUGCCAGAGCCACACGUGGAAGCAGACAGCCUAUACCUCCCCUCUGACGCUAGCUUCUUAGGGGGAGGGGUUGGGGCUUACAUUAGGGGGGAGAGGGGGGUGGGGGGCUUACACUUACUGUAUUGCUUUAGCUAA